AUGGCGCAUGUCAGAGUUAAGGAGCGAUCCGAGGACAUCCUUUUCUCACGCGGGGAGGACGUCGAGGCGUGCCAUCUCAGCGCUGAGCUGGCAGCCGUCCUGGCCAAUCAGGAGAAGCUGGUCUGGCGGUACUUAAAGCUCGGAAUAACCACUAAGGUGUUCGAUUAUGCUGGCGUGGCUGUUAAUUAUCUAGCCCUCGCUGCACCUGUGUUCGGAAUAGUAGGAGCAGGUAUGGCCGGAGGAGGGGGAGAUAGUAAGGAUAAGGGGGCUGUUGCGCAGUGGAUCAGUAAUGCUUCGUUUGCGAUCUUGCAGCUGAUAUUCGGAGGAUCUCAGAUCAUUGAUGCUGCUAAGAUUAUAUCGGAUUCUGCUGGGUACACUGCGAGGGUUGCGAUGCAGGCUGGUGGGAAGAUGGCUGGGUACGGCACAUGGGAAGGGGAGAGUGGAGGAGCAGCGGGUGUAAGCACGUGGAGAGGGGCUGGCGAAUCGGUGCGUGAGGGCCGUUGUGAGGACACGCGGAUCACACCGUGUGGUGGCGAAUUUGUGGAGCCAAGGGACUUUAUGCUGCAGGAGCCGACUUGGCUGAUGGUGCUGAGACCAGGAAGCAACGGCACGAGAGCUGACGAAGAAGCAGCCGGCGAAGCUGACAGGAUCCUGCAGUACUCCAUUCACUCUGUCCCGCCCGAUCUACGCUCCCUUGUAGCCCAGGUGCCUCUCCAGUCGACUCAGACGUCACAUCCUAUCAGGGAAGCCGCAGUGGGACAGCAGCUGCAUGCCUCCCCUUGUAUGCACCCGAUCCUGCAGUACUCCAUUCACUCUGUCCCGCCCGAGCUACGCUCCCUGGUAGGGACCCUGCUGCCACAAUCCGGAGUCGGAUGGGGGAAGACGGAGAAGAGGUGGGCAGCUGCACGUGUGGGCGAGGCAUGGAGCAUGAGUGUGGAGGAUGUGAUAGUAGAGGAUGUGGGGAUGGAAGGAGCGGAAAUCGAGAAGGUGAGGAUGGAAGAUGUGAGAACGGAGGAGGUGAGAGUAGAGUAUGGGGGGCUGGAAGGUGUGAAGAGGGGGGAGGUGAGAGUAGAGGAUGUGAAGAUAGUGGUGACAUUUCAGUGCAGCGAUGUGCCACUCUGGCCUAUCCACAACAAUUCAUCCUCCUCUGCUGCUGGUGCUUCUGCUGCUGCGGCUGCUGCUGUAUCAGAAGUUGCAAAUGCAGAUGGCGCCUCAGCACAUGCAGGCAUGAGUCCAGCAGACUCCGCCACAGCAACGCAGGCAGACGUCAGCAGGGCAAUGAACCGGCUGCUCUUCAACUUCCGCCUCUUCCAGCAGCAGCUCUGUGAGCACAUCUGGGCGGCCGGUCACUGGGCUGACGCUGUUGACCCCCUCACUGGCUACCUCAUGCACUCUGCUUCUGGCAGCAGUGGCAGCAGCGCUGGUCGUAGUGCCGGUGGUGGUGGCAGCAGUGGUAGUGCCGAAUUUGGUGCUGCUGGCAGCAGUGGUGGCGCUGAGUUUGUCAGUACUGGUAUCGGUGCUGGCUGCACGUGGCCGUUCCCCUCCCCCAUCAAGUACAACGAGGUGGACGUUGCCCAGAUCCUCCUCGAUUAUCCUGUUGCUCCCACUGCCACGGCCAGUGAAGCAGCAGCAGCUUCAAUGGGCUCCACAGUGCCUCCUAAUGCUGCGGCGGCAGCAGCAGCAGCAGCAGCAGCAGCAGCAGGAGCAGCAGAACCAGCAACACCAGCAGUACCAGGACCACCACCAAUGCCCUCAUGCCCCCUAGUUCUCCACCCUUCAUUUGGCACGCACACCUACCCAGCCUCCCUCCUCACCACCGCCCCUCUCCCUCUCCUGCAAUCUGCCAUCCGCCACGUGGCAGGCUCUGGUUGGCGCCUGCCAGGCUGGCAGGAGGAGGAAGGGGUCGUGGUGGUGGGACAGGGGACGGGGGAUGGGAAGAUGGGAGGUGUGACAGCAGCGGGGAAGGGAGCGGAGGGAGGGUGUGAGGAAGCAUUGAAGCCCCUUCUUGCUCCCUCCCCCUGCCUUGCUGCUCAAGUCAUGUACCCUAUGGAACUUGGGGGUAUUCCCGAGGGUGUGUGUAGAGGCAGGAGGAGGGAUGGCGGCGUAAGGACUAGGAUGGAGGCUGCUCUUGCUGUGGUGGGCUUGACGCACCUGUUACCAUUUCUGGAGACCAUCUGUCCAGAUGGACUGGUGAAAUCUGAGGAUCGUUUUGGCAAUGAGAGGCACUGUCAGCAGCAAGGUUCUCCCAACAUCAGGCCGUCUCCAGAACGGUCAGGCAACGCUCGAAGUUGGGUUGCGGGACUUUCUCCAGGGGAGCAGCAGCGGCUUCAGUUUGCAAGAGUAGUGUUUCAUCGCCCUAGGUUGGUUUUCCUGGAUGAGGCUACGAGUGCUGUGGAUGGUGAGAUGGAGGCGCGGAUGUAUGCCUGGCUUGCUAUGGCGGGGGUUGCUAUUCGCAGCGCAGCGCAGUUGCUCAAACAGGGAGGUGGGUGUGGUUGUGGUGAUAAUUAG